AUGUUACAUAUACUAACGCCAUCUAUCGUGUUCGUAAAACAUCCAGAAACAACUGCUCAACGAAAAUUUCCCGACCAUACUAUCAAAAGCAAAAGGGAAAAGCAACUGCUUGCUAAACUCUCACAAAACCGUGCUCUAGAGAAAAUUGUUACAGAAUUGGAAAAAUCUCGAAAUGAAUGGACAAGAGUACUAAAUGAAAGCGAUCUCAAAGUUGCAAUACUUCGCGAUAGGAUUAAGGAUCGAGUCUACAACGCGCGAAUACAACACAUGUACGCGGACAGGUGGCUGUCAGCCCGGUCCGAGGCUCUUGAACUACAACAGGAGACCACGUCUGAACCGGCGCCGAGGAAGGAGCACGAGGAUUGCGUUCAUAAUGAACUGAUCAGGGCAUACGAACUGCAAAUUCAGGAAAGAGAAGAUUUAUUACAGUACUGGAUGUCAAAAUACUCUCAAGACAUAGUCGACAUAGGAUCACGGUUACGAGAAAAAUGUGAAAAAUUACGGAUCACUGUGGCUCGUCGUGUUGAAUUAGAGAAAUUGUUUGCCCUCCAUGAAGGUGAAAUGCGAUCAUGGUUGACAUUUAAAAAAGAAAGAGCAGCUAGACUCGCGAGGGAAGAACGCUCGCGCCGGGCCGCCACGCGCGUGCAAGCGUGGUGGCGCGGCGUCAUGGUACGACGGGCUUUGGGCACGUUCCGUUACUUGAGAAACAUAAAGAAAUCAGCACCUAAAUUAAAGAAAAAAUAA